AUGCGGAAGAUAGUUGGAAAAAGGGCAUUGUUCAAGUCUAUGCAGAAUCUCAGUAAUUCUCUUGGUAUAUACCUCGCGUGUGUAGCAAACGUGCUCCACAAUUUCGCUUCGCUCGCGAAGCUCAAUUGCUUCGAAAAAAAUAUUUUACAGCUAAUUCGUCACCGUGCAAACCACCCUUUGGGUAAUAUGGCGACUACUGGUUUUAUCAGGCGAGGAGCAAGGAAAUGUUUGUGUAGUAUUCAAAAUAAAACAAUUUUAACUAAUACCCACCAGCUUCAUUUUAAGAAAAUUAAUCGGUUAUCCACAUCAAAAUUGUUUUCUUCACCUAAUGCGACUGAGAAGCCAGGAGAGAGAUUCAUUUCGCAAAUUACAUUGAAAGUAAGAAGCUUUGAUGAAGCAGUACUGGAUAGUUACACCCAAUUUUUACAAGGAGCAGCAGGUGUCCUUGGCCUAGACGUAUCAAAAAGGAUCAUCUUACCUUGUCACACUGAAAAAAGAACAUUGCUGAAGUCUCCUCAUAUUUAUAAGAAGCAUAGAGUGCAAUAUGAAUUGCGUACUCAUGCUAGAAUGCUCCAGAUGUGUGAAUUGACCGGCGAUACGGCAGAGAUAUAUUUAGAAUAUGUUCAAAGAAACAUUCCAGAAGGCGUCAGCAUGAGUGUGGAGCAAACCGAGUUAGAAAGUAUACCUGAAUAUAUAGCUUCGUCAAAUUUUUAAUCAAGUUGUUUAACAACUUUGUAGGACAAGUAUUUUUUUCUUACUUUUUACUGAAUCUCGAAUGUUAUGAAUAUUUCUUUUUUUCAUUCUUGUGGCCCUGUUUUUAUUGUUAUAGAGUUAAUUUUUUAAAAUCUAUUUUACUUCUCAUUUUGUGGGUUUGGACACUGCAAUUAGGGCAAUUUCACUACCAACUACAUUUUACUGAGCGAAACGAAAAAAAUUCGAUGCGAAUGGACAAGUCCGCGAUUCGUUUUUUUCGAAUUUCUUUUUAUAACCAAAUUUAACCCAUUUGAGUGCUGAGAUUUUUUAUACUUUGCAUAGGGUAUUGUAUUUUUUGUGAAUUUAAAAAAUUGCUGACAUGAAUGUAUGUAUUGUAAGAUGUUCUAUUGGUUAUAAAAUUAUUUAUUACAUGUAUGUUCGUUGCGAGGUCGUUACUAAGGUGUUGGUGUAACGUGGUUACUAACAUCUAUAAAUACCAUUUUCUAAACAUGUUUAAUGACGUGAACAUCAAUAUUUUCGCAGAAACUGAUCUUUUACUUUUACCGUUAAAAACCUUCGUACAAUUAUGACGUCUUUUUGAACCUAAUUACUCCAUUAAAAUUUUUUUAUUUAUAUAUGUAAAAUCAAUUUGUUUCCAUCUAUACAGAAUUCAGUCCAUGCCGUCAAUAAUGCUUGGAAAAUUCAAUUUUAUUGCAAAAUUGGGAAAAUGGCUCAUUUUGGGCA